ACUGCACCGGGUCGCUCCUGUCUCCUCCCUCCCGCAACCCACCUGGUCGCCCUGCCUUAUCCCCUCUCGCUCUCCGCUUCCUCUCCUCCGAACCCUAGCCAACUCCCGUCCGCGCCGCCUCCAUCGCCUUCCGCCGCCGUAGCCAUUGCCGACGCCCUCCUCCGCCUCCUCUGUCUCCUCCUUCAUGUCGUCUUCCAGCUCCAUCCGCUCAGCGCUGCAUGGCCGCUCCGUUGCUGUACCACUGAUCGGGUGCCCGGAUUGCGGCGAGCAGGUGAGGUUCUACCGGUCUAGCACCGAUGAGCACGAUGGAUGGAUCUUCUACAAGUGCGUGAACCACCAUGUCACUUGUGAUCUCUGGCACUGGGAGCUUGAGUAUGUGCAGCAUCUGGUUGAAACAAGGCUUCUGGUUGGUGAUGCUGUUGUAGAUGCAAUUGGUGCUAUUGAGGACAAGAGGGAAGAGCUUGAGAGGCAGAGGACUGAAUCAAUGGCAGGCAGAGGCACAGCUGGAAGGGUCAUGGCUGGAAGAGGCAGGGCUGGAAGACAUAAUUAUGGCAGCUCCAGUGAGAAUAAGUAUGCUACCAAGCAACAAAUUGCUAUGCUUUUAGGCUUUGGUCCACCAAUCGACCACCACCACCAGAUCCCCUUCUUCUUCCUCAUCUUUCAUCUUCAAGUUCGUGCACCACCAGAUCCCUUCUCUCCUCUGUCCAAUAGCCCCAACAGAUCCCCUUGUCAUCUUCAGCUAGCAGGAACCAUGGUGUCCUGGGAUGAUCUUCCCAGUUCUUCUGAAGAUGACUCUGUGACCAGCAAGCCACCUGCCACAAUAUCCUGUGAGGAAUGGAGUGGCUUGGCUACAGAUCUGCCUAGCUUUAGAUGUGGGCAUGGAUCUUUGUGUGAGAAGAAUGUGGCAUUUGAAUCUGUUGAUACUGGAAGAAGGUUUCUAGCUUGUGCACAAAAGGUUCUUGAAGAGAAGAAGAAGAAGAUGGAGAAUGAGUUGAGGCAUUUCAAGCUUGAUUUUGCUAAGAUGGUGGCUGAGAAGGAGCAGGCAAUGAGCCAACUAGGCAGCACACAACUUACUCUGACUGAUCUAAAGGAAGAACUUGAGAAGAAGAAGAUUGCAGACAAGUUAGUAACCAACAUUCACCAGGUAUUCAGGGUUAAAGCAGAGAAAGAGAGGGACCAAGCAGUGCAAGAGAGGGAUGACUUGAAGCAUGAGAAAAGGAAGCUUGAGUACAUGAUUUAUGACCUAUUCAAACACAAAGAGGCCACCAAGGAGAAGAUAAGGAAGCUGAAGGGCAUACUGAAUGAAUUUGAUUGA